AUGGUAGCAUCCAAAAGGCUAUGCCUUGCAGCCGCAAUUGCAGCGCUCCAUGGGUCAGCCAUUGCGCAGCUUCAGCAGCCCUUAUCAGCGGAACAGAGGCCAUUGGAAGCCGACAACACCCGCCCGGGAGCGAAGAAGCCGCUGGUCAACACUGAAGACCUGCAGGCUAGCAUCAACGCCGAAAACCUGCUUGAACGUGCUCAAGAUCUGUACGGCAUUGCAAAGCGGUCAGAGGGGCAAUACCAACACCCGACUCGUGUCAUUGGGAGCGACGGUCACCGUGGUACCAUCGACUACAUCACCUCUGAGAUUGCGAGGCUGGGAGAUUACUACACGUCAUCAAAGCAAUCUUUCCCAGCGGUCCUCGGCAAGGUCUAUGAGUCCCGGCUGGUACUCGGACACGAUGUACCCGCUUCCGCGGUGCCGAUGUCGCUGACUCCGCCAACAACUAACAAGCAGCCCGUCUAUGGCGACCUCGUGCUCGUUGCGAAUGAUGGUUGCGAUGCGUCUGACUAUCCCUCCGAGUUGAGUGGCAAGAUCGCUUUCAUCAUCCGCGGUACCUGUUCCUUUGGCACCAAAUCGGAGCACGCUGGCAAGGCUGGCGCUGUCGCGGCGGUCAUUUACAACUACAACGACGAUACGUUUGGUGGUACUCUCGAGAAGCCGUCAGCGAACCACGUAGCCACUUUCGGCCUCUCUGGCAAGGAUGCUGCACCCACUCUCGAAAAGCUCAAGGCCGGCAAGGUCGUUGAUUCGAUUGCUUUCAUCGAUUCCGAGGUCAGCACAAUCAGCACGACCAAUAUAAUCAUCCAGACCGUUGAUGGAGACCCUGAUAAUUGUGUCAUGCUGGGCGGACACAGCGACAGUGUCGGCGAAGGCCCUGGUAUCAACGACGAUGGCUCCGGCAGCCUGACUCUUCUCGAGGUGGCGACUCAGCUGACCAACUUCACUGUCAACAACUGUGUCCGCUUUGCUUGGUGGGCAGGUGAAGAAGAGGGUCUUCUUGGGUCUGAUUACUAUGUCGAUACCUUGCCUGAAGAGGAGAACAUGAAGAUUCGCCUUUUCAUGGACUACGAUAUGAUGGGCAGCCCGAAUUACGCCUACCAGGUCUACAACGCCACGAAUGCGAAGAACCCCAACGGCUCAGAGGAGUUGAGGGACUUGUACGUGGAUUGGUACACGAGCAAGGGUCUUAACCAGACCUUUAUCCCUUUCGAUGGGCGCAGUGACUACGACGCCUUCAUUCGCAAUGGUAUCCCAGGUGGCGGUUUCGCGACCGGAGCAGAGGGCAUCAAGACCAAGGAAGAAGAAGCCAUGUUUGGUGGAAAAGCUGGCGAGUGGUACGACCCCUGCUACCAUCAGCUGUGUGACGACACUAGCAACGUCAACACCACUGCCUGGUUGCUGAACACUCAGCUUGUCGCGCACUCCGUCGCUACAUUUGCAAAGUCCUUUGACGGCUUCCCAGAGCGUGCCAACACCACGGCUGCCGGGGUUUAUGAACAGGAGACCAAGUACCAUGGCCGAUACUUGGAGAUCUAG